AUGCUUGAUCGGACAAGUGUGAAGCAAAAUAAAGCCAUCGCUCUCUCUCUCCACCAGUCGAGGGCCGAGGGGCCCGACGAGAGCAAGCAAGCCCCAAAGCCUGGUCCCUCGCAGAAACGCAGGGUGGAAGAGCUCGAUGACGAUGAUUCCGAAGAAGACGUCGCACGUCCGUCCAAGCAAAUCCGAAUCCGAAAGGCAGGGCCACUUGCAGCCGCUAGCCAGAAACGAAAACAGUUGCCUGUGGAGGCAGAAGAAGAGGACGAGCCUCAAGCAUCGGUUAGCAAGAAGCCCCGUGUCCGACCGCCAAAGAAGGCAGCGCCUCGUCCUGCGAAGGCUCCCAAACCACCCGGUCCUAAGAACGCUGCGAGUCAGCGAUCUCGCGGUAGAAAGGCCGUUGCUACCGCUUCUCGAGUCGGAUGUACUAACGUUUCAAAUUGUCUGCGUUCUUAA